AUGCGCGCCGCCGCCAUCAUCCCCAUCCUCGCUCUCCUCGUCACAGCCGACGCGCGCAAGUGCAAGGCCAAGACCAAGACCAACACUUCGGCCGCGGCUGCGACCUCGCCGAUCGUUACCGACAACGCGCUCAUCCACCAGCCGCCCUCGUCGUCGGCUGUGUCUUCUGCUAGCUCGGCCGCGUCGGUCUCCACCACCAGCGCGUCCGAGGCCGCGACCUCUGAGUCGGCCUCGGCUGUGUCUGAGUCGGCCUCGUCUGCGUCCGAGUCGGCCUCGUCUGUGUCCGAGUCGGCCUCGGCCGUGUCCCAGUCGGCCACACCUUCGCCCUCCGAGUCGGCCACACCCUCGUCCUCCGAGUCGGCUACGCCCUCGCCCUCCGCGUCGGCCAGCCCCCAGGGCCCCGGUAAUCCCGAGGGUGCGGUGCCCGUCUCGGACCCCAUUGCGUCGAGUGUCCUCGCCGCGCACAACGAGAUCCGUCGUCGGUACGACGUUCCCGAGGUUGCUUGGAAUGACGAGCUGAGCGGUAUUGCCGUUCAACAGGCCCAGUCGUGCAACUUUGACAACCAGUUCCCCGAUAAGCGCAAGGACUACACCGACGUCAUUUGGAACAAUGCCGAAGGCAACUUUGUGGUCUCGAUCGAACAGGCCGGAUCGCAGGGCGAGAACUACCAGUGGCCCGAGGAGGGCAAGGACAAGACGUACCAGGACGCUACCAACCAGUGGACCCAGGUUGUGUGGAAGGCGACGACUGACGUCGGGUGCGGAUGGCACAAGUGCGAAGAGUGGUCGGGAAACCCCUCGCUCAAUGGCCAGUACAAGUUUGUUUGCGUUUACAACACCCACCAGACUUACGUCGGCUCCCCCGAAGCCUUCAACGAGAACAUCCCCAACAAGCCCAAGGAGUAA